CAAGGAUCCAUACUCUUUGGUUCUAUUCGGUAAAGUCACGUAGGUAAAAAAUAAAACAACAAAAAUCACGACGUUUCGGCCACAACACAAGUGGCCUUCAUCAGGUGAAGGGGCCAGACUGUCUAACUGACGAUGGUUUAAUUUUGAUUUAAAGCUUUCGUGACUGCAGUAAUUCAUUAUCUUAGCUCUUUCGGUAAAGUCACGUUGAAGAGAAACAAUAAAAUAAUAAAAUAUAUAUCAAACAAUAAAAAUUCUCACGUUUCGGCCAUAACACAAACGGUCGAAACGUCGUGAGAUUUUUUUAUUGUUUUAUAUAUAUUUUAUUAUUUUAUUGUUUCUCUUCAACGUGACUUUACCGAAAGAGCUAAGAAUAUGACGAUGGUUUAUUGCAAAGCGCACAAUGGGCCGGGUGUGCUGUCUCCGCAUUGCUGUGUUUGAUGUCGUUUUCUUAGCCGGCACUUUUGUUCUAAUCGGUGGGGUUAUCGCGUCAUUUACCGACUUGAUGCACGGCAGAGACGUGCUUGGAGGACAAGGACACGAGGCGUACACUGGGAGCGCCUGACGAGCUCGGAAGACCGUUUUCUCACGGGGGUCCAGGUAGACUAGACUGGGCUGCCGCCCAACCAGACGUGUCCACGUGGCACCCCACACGACCGAGGUUCCAAAUAUCGCUCGCCCUCAUCCACACGCCCCCGGCCACGCGGCUUGUUUCGGAGGUUCGCGGUUCGAGUCGAGCAGCCGCCCUGGUUAUCACUGCGGAUGUAUAAACGCAAAAUGCGAAUCGCUGUCCACUUCGCGGUGGACAAAGGUGCAGUGACGUCGUUCGCAAGAAUGAGAUCAUUGUGUGACUGCGUCAGUCCAAAUAAACAAAAUACCCGCAAAUGGCUAAACUGAGUUCAUACAGAGCAAAGGUUGGCCAUGACUGGCAAUUUGGCAGGAAUCUCCAGUGCCACAAAUCUGGACCAUUCCUCCCCUUCCCCAGCUCGAUCCGCACUGACUCACUACGGCUGGUUUCUUCCAGAGUGGCGAAGCUCAGUGAAGUUUGUCACGGGUAAACGAGCAGAAUCCUCACCAAUCAUAAUUCGACACCCCUCUCUCAGCACACCCCAGCUACUCGACGCGCUUGCACACCUCCAUCCUACACCUGUCACCCUCCACGAGUACACACACGCCUCGAUUAACAUCCAGCAGCAGGUGUCACGGAGUGGUGCCGACGUCUCUGCGGAGCUUGUGCCAGACGACGAGUGCCGAUAAGGGGGCACUGACCGGCAGAAGCUCCAACUGUCUUCCCAAUGAUGCAAACGGACAUGGUUACAGUCUGCGUCAUUACAUUCCUAGAUCACCACUUGGACAAACGGCGCCCGAUCUCACGACUGCAGAUGCACGCGACCACGUGACGCCAAACGCCUUACCCCACCACAACACGACUCGCUCCUAGUAUCGCUCGAGCCCAUUGUAUGCACAUUCCACGACAAUCCCGAGCCUGUCACUCGCACCUCCAGCCGUCAACGAUCCCGCGUCGCGCGCUGAGCCCCAACGCACCACAGGGGAGAGAGGAUUGUGGAACUGGGCAGGGCCCGGGCCUGGUGGGGAACCCGCACUCCGUCUUCGCCGGGGUGUGCAGGCGCAAACAUGGGCCAGGCGGUCAAGUGGAACAGAAAGGGGGUGAUCGUUUGCGCCGCCGCGAUCGCCACAGGAGCGGUCUUCCUCGUGUGCGUCCGGAGUCACAGCGUGCCCAGGGAGCCGCGUGGACACGGGGAGACCUGGGACCUGAGCCGCUACGAGCUGCCAGACAUGGACCCGCGCUUCCCCGUGAACUGCUCUGCGGUGGUGCGAGGCGACGAGGAGAGCAUCGCCGAAGCGAUGCUGCUCUCUAUCACCGUCGAGUUCAACAAGCGGCGCCCGCUCGCAGAGGACGAUUACCUGAGGAUGACGCGCGACUGCGACGCGUUCAAGCGGGAUAGGAGGUACGUGACGGUGCCGCUGAGCGACGAGGAGGCGGCCUUCCCCAUCGCCUACUCCGUGGUGGCCCACCACCGCGUGGACAUGCUGGAGAGGCUGCUGCGCGCCAUCUACGCGCCGCAGAACGUCUACUGCCUCCACGUGGACCAGAAGUCGCCGCCGCCCUACCAGGAGGCGGUGCGCGCUCUCGCCGCGUGCUUCCCCAACGUCUUCCUGGCCAGGCGGCAGGAGCGCGUGGUCUACACCUCCUGGCUGCGCGUGCAGGCCGACCUCAACUGCAUGCGGGACCUCGUGGCCGCGCCGCAGCCCUGGAAGUAUUUCAUCAACCUGUGCGGCCUGGACUUCCCCAUUAAAACCAACCUGGAGAUGGUGCGAGCGCUGCGCACCCUCAACGGGAAGAACAGCAUGGAGUCCCUGCACACUCCGCGGGACAAGACGGUGCGCUGGGAGAUACACCACGAGAUCAUGGACGGCGAGCUGCACGCCACGCACGUCAGAAAGUCCCCUCCACCCAUCCCCACGCCCAUGUUCUCCGGGAACGCGUACAUCGUGGUGACGCGCGCCUUCGUCGAGCACGUGCUGAGCGACCCCACGGCACGGGCGCUCAUCGAGUGGGAGAAGGACACUUUCAGCCCCGACGAGCACCUGUGGGCGACGCUGCAGCGCCUGCCCGGGGUGCCGGGCUCCUCGCCGCCGCACGACAAGUACGACGUGCAGGACAUGAUGGCCAUCGCGCGCCUCGUGCGGUGGUCCUACAUGGAGGGCGACACCCUGCAAGGGGCCGCCUACCCGCCCUGCCGCGGCACCGUGGUGCGCUGGGUGUGCGUCAACGGGGUGGGCGACCUCCCCUGGGCGCUGCGGCAGCACCACCUCUUCGUCAACAAGGUUGACUCGGCCGUGGACGACGUGGCCGUGCACUGCCUCGAGCGGCACCUGAGGAGCAAGGCCCUCGGGGAGGCCGUGCGCCCCUGUGCCGGGGCCGGCGCCAGCACAGCCGCCUGCGAGGAGACGCGGCUCCAGCACGUGACGGAGCGCGGGGCCUAAGGAUUCGUUGCGAUGGCUCCUCUUAAGAAGAGUCGUUCUGUGAGCCACGGCGGAUGCACGCCACGUCGCUUGACGUGGAACAUCGACGACACUACGCCUUUCAUCAGUCGAGCCUGUUCCAUCCAUUGCUGUUGCUUGUACUUUACAAGUCACCUGUACUUCACCCGCAUUGUUGCACUCACGUGGGGCGACCUCGAUGCCUCGCCCCACCGGUGACCUUCAUGAAUGGCCACACCUCUGGAUUUUAUUUUUGUUUAAAUUUUUUCUGAGCGCUGGCUGAAAAAAAGCCCAAAACGUUAAGAGACCAGCGACAAACGGCACUAUUUAUCAAAGUUCUUGCAUUGAGAAAGGUUAUUAAAAGGAUUUUGGAAGAGAGACGAUGAUGGGGUCGAAUUUCAAAGUGGAGCAGUGUCAAGAAAGAAGCAGAGAAGUGUUGUGACCUGCAGUGUGAUGAGGAGUGGGUGAGUGUGUUGUUGUGACCUGCAGUGUGAU